AAACCGAUGAACCGCAUGCAUAGUAUGUUUGUACCUGCACAUGUUUCUUACAGGUUGUUUUUGGCGAACUCGAGGUGCUGGUGCAGGGUGUGUUGCCCUUUGUAAAGCAAUUCACAGGACACAAUGUAUGUUGGAUAACUGCCUCUGUCACACCUCAGCGCAGCUGCAGUUUGCCCGCCAAUACUAGACGUGUCAGCUACACCGUACUUUGCGAUAUGCAUGCCACCUGUCUCAUCCCAUCUAGGGUGAGACAGGCCCAUUAUCCUAUUGACCUUAUUUAUUUCAACAAUGUAAAAUUGUACUAUGCAGAUAGAGAGAGUACCACUAGGUUUCAUAUGCCGAUGGAUUUCGGUAUGCAUUUGGGUUUCGUCAAGAUUUACGCUUAA